AAAGAAAAAGAAAAAAACUUUUUUUUUCUUCCGGCGACGAUGAUGAAGGUGACGGUGGAGAUAGUAACGGGGACGUACAUGGUCAAAGAAGUGAGCGAGAACGCGACGGUGAGGAAUCUGAAGGAGGAGAUAGCGGCGGAGCUGAAUUUGCCGGCAAAAAGACUGAUACUUUUGGUGGGCGAAAACGAGAGCAGACGAGUCGUGAUGGAUUACGAGGACGAGGUUUCGCUUCUGGAUCUGGGCGUGAGUGAUGGGUCUCACAUGUAUCUGUUUUUCAAGCAUCUUGAUCUGGUUUCUCGCGAAGAGAAUGCCGCUACGGAGGAGGAUGUCCUCGCCAAAACCCAAUUGAGAAGGGGGAAAGGAGGAGAAGAAGAAGAAGGGGAUGAUGAAAUGGAAGUGGAUAAGGAUCAUGAAGGAGCGAAGAGAGACGAAGAAGUGGCUUCAAAUCAAGGAGAUGAUGAGGAGAAGAACGAAGAGGAAGUUGACGAAAGUGAAGCGAAAGAGGGAGGAGGAGGAGGAGGAGGAGGAGGAGAAGAGGGGAAUGGAGCAGAAGAUGGAGAAAAGGAAGCGAAAGGCAAUGGAGAUGGUGAGAAAGAAACGGUAGCAAAAGAUGAAGAAGGUGAUGUUGAUGACAAUAAUGAAUAA